CCAAGUCACAACAGUUAAGAAACAAAGCAAAACAUGAGUACUGCAGAAAUGCUCUCUCCUACCUUCCAAACCAUCUCGAAACCCAAUCUCUCAUCCCCAAAAUCAAUUCUUAACCCAUCUUCUAAGCUCAGCUUCUCUAAGCAUCUCCCAAAAUCAAACUUUUCCUUCAAAAAUACCACUUCCAAAACGAACAGAGCAGGUCCAAUUAAGGCCGUGAUGGCCUAUACACUAUAUGUAAAAACGGAGAGCUUUUACGAUUUGUUAGGUAUAUCAGAAAAUGGAAAUCUUUCAGAAAUAAAAAAAGCUUAUAAACAACUCGCAAGAAAGUACCAUCCCGACGUGUCUCCGCCGGAAUGCAAAGAAGAGUAUACCAAAAAGUUUAUUGAAGUUCAAGAAGCUUAUGAGACUUUGUCUGAUCCAAAAAGCAGAGCUUUAUAUGACAGAGAUAUGGCCAGUGGAGGAUUAGACUUAAACUCUAUUUUCUCUACUGGUAAGGGACACAGAUCCCGCACUGGAUUUGAUGAUAGAUGUGAAUGGGAACAAAAAUGGCAGUCUCAGCUUACAGAGUUAAUAAGAAGAAGUAAUACUAAAGAAUUUGAAGAUAGCACAUGGGGAGAUAAAAUGCGUAGCCAAAAGAGUUAUUGCCAUUAAGUAGUAAUUAAUUGUUACUGUAAUUGAAGAAUCCUUUUUCCCCAAAUUUAAGUGGGAAAUGGAUUGUCUCAUAGAUUGUAUUUUCUACUAGAACUAGUUGAUCAUUUUGUUCUCUUCUGUUCUCUCUCACGUGUACAUGAAUCCCUUUUACUCUGUUCUAUGAUAUAUGAACUCAGUUUUCCCUUUCCUAUAA